UGUUGUAUUUAAGAGGGAACAGAGUCCUAGGGAUGGCACAGUGGCGCUCCAGCACCUGCCAGGUAACAUGAGGGCCGGCACACUGUACGUCUUCGCCUGUCUGGCAAUUGCGGCACGUUCUGCCCCCCUGCCACCGGGGUCCAACGCCAGCUUCGCUGAGGAUUAUCUGGAGAAGUUCUUCGACCUGAAAAACACAAAUACGUCCUCCUCAAACAAUCGACGCGUGAGUCCAUUCAACCUGAAGUUGAGGGAGAUGCAGCAGUUCUUCAGGCUCGAGGAGACAGGCGUGCUGGAUGAGAAAACGCUAGAGGUGAUGAAUAAACCGCGUUGUGGGAUCCCGGAUAUGGCCGAGUACUCCACCUUUCCAGGGAAUCUAAAGUGGCCCAACAACAAUGUGACCUACAGAAUCGAGAACUACACACCUGACUUGCCCAGGUCGGAGGUGGACCAGGUCAUAAAGGACGCCCUUGAUGUCUGGGCCAAGGUCUCUCCCCUGCGUUUCAUACGCAUCAACUCCGGUGUGGCCGACAUCAUGAUCUCCUUUGGCCGCAGAGAGCAUGGAGAUGCUUACCCGUUCGACGGACCCGAUGGCACCCUGGCUCACGCUUUUGCACCUUCCGCGGGCCUUGGGGGCGACACUCAUUUCGACGAAGAUGAGACUUUUACCUCUCACACUACAGCAGGGUACAAUCUGUUCAAUGUGGCAGCCCAUGAAUUUGGCCACGCCCUUGGGCUGUCUCACUCCACGGACCCUGGGGCUCUUAUGUACCCAAUAUACAGCUACAGAGAUCCAAGCACCUUUGUUCUUCCCUUUGAUGACAUGAAGGGAAUACAGUCACUUUACGGUGUGAAAAACACAGGAGAUCCAGGACCACCUAAAACACCCAAUGGUUGUGACCCCAACCUGGUGCUGGAUGCUGUCACAUCUCUGCGUGGAGAGAUGAUGUUCUUUAAAGACAAGUACUUCUGGCGUAGUUUGCCCCAGAGCAACCAGCAAGAAUUGCACCUCAUCUCAAGCUUCUGGCCAGAACUUCCCAACAACAUUGAUGCCGCCUACGAGAAUCCCAGCCUGGACAGGGUGUUCCUCUUCAAAGAUGAUAAGGUCUGGGCUCUGUCCGGCUACGACGUUGCUGCAGGCUACCCGAAAAGCCUCAGCCAGAUUGGUCUGCAAGCCAGGAUUAAGAAAAUCACCGCUGCUGUGCACAACACGAAAACCAAAAAGACGCUGAUCUUCGUCAAUGACCAAUACUACAGCUACAGUGGUGACCUUAAAUCAAUGGACAACGGUUACCCCAGACCUGUAGCCAGUGAUUUCAAAGGCAUGCAAGGGGAAGUCAUGGCUGCUUUUCAAGUCAAAGAUUUCAUCUACCUGCUGAAUGGAUCGACCAUGUAUGAAUUCAACGCCCGCGACAAGACAUUUAGCCGCAGGCUUAAAGCCAAUUUUUUCAUGGGCUGUUCGAGAUAAUUUACCUCCGUGCUGUUUUGUCGCAGAGCAGGAAGCGCAACCUUAAUCUUGAACGACCAAGGCUUUCGCUUUAUGUUUCACAUGUUAAAGUAUUAUCGGUGUACCCCGAGUAGGAUGCUGUGGGACACAGAAUACUGCUUUUGAUUGUUUAAUUUCUAGACGUAGCUAUGAUGUUCUCAAAUGUGUAUGUUACUUUCAUGAUUUAAAAAUGGCAUUAUCUUAAUUAUUCAACGGCAUCUGGCUUAUGCACGAACUUGAAACAUGGCAGACUGUAAUGUGUAAAAGUGUUGGUUUUAAUAAUUUUUUAAGUUUUUGUAUACAUGACAGUGGCAGCUGAACUAUGUAUGCAUUUAGGCAGUUAGAUGUCGGUUACAGAGUCUUUCUGUGCCUGUAAUGGCUUAGAGUUGAGGGAUAAUAUUUGUUUUGCAUAUUUUAUGUUUUGCAGUUAUAUUUUACAGUUCUCACAAAUAUGUAACUCACUCUGAAUUCUUGUUUAGACUGUCUUGCUUCCACAAGCAUAGCUAUUAUUUUCUGUCGUUAAUUUCGCUUUUCAGUGACUGAAGCGACUCGACCACCCGGCGUCCCCGCGUCAAGAGUAUGUGCUUACGUUUGUGUUUUGCCUGCUCCCAUCGCACAACAUUUUAGCCCAUAUAUAUACUGUAAAUGUGGAUAAUAAUAAUAAUAAUAAUAAAUAGCAACCAUAAAUAAAUAAUAAAUAAACCAAUACAUUUAUUUCAGACCCAAGUAGCAUAUGUAUUUAGGAUUUGCCCCCCCCUCCGCUAGGUACCGGGUCCUUUUAAGAUCAUUUAUUUGAAAUGGGCCCAUUGUAUAUUCAUAUCUUCAGUUUUAUCCGACUUAAGUCAGUUUUAGUCCAUGUAACACCAUAGAUUUUUCUUUUGGAGAAAUAAAAUCAGAACAAUAUGAACAUGCUGCUUGUGUUUUUUAGGUUUGUAAAACUGCAAGCCGCUUCAGAGCGAUCAUUGUCAGGCUCUGUAGCGCCCGACCCCGCCCUCUGUGCCCCUUCCCCAUUUCGCCUUUCCUCCUCGCUGUCUUAGUUCCUACUCUUCCCUUAUGCGUUUUCCCUGUUCCCCAGACCACUGCACAUCGGACAGUGGGCUGAGCGCGUGGCUCGGUUCGCAAACAUGGCGGUUGUGGGUUUGAGGCUGGCACAGUCUCCCGUGUUCUGGAUUCCGUUUGUCUUUUGUUCCCCAGUGUUUGUAGUUAUGGGAUUUGGUGUUUUGUAGGCCUGCUUGUUGUAUCAGUCUUGUAUUUUCGGUGCUUGAUUAGCGUUCUCUAGUUUUACUUUCCUAGUUCUGUGAUCGCUCCCUGUUCAUUAGUUUCACCUGUUGCUUGUUCCGUUUUGAUUGGUCGUUAAGUUAAUACUUCUCUCCCGUAUCCUCCUUAGCUCAGCCUGGUUUGUGUAUUUAAGUUCUUGCCUCAAUUAAUUUCCCCAGCUGGUCAUUGUGUUAGUGUCAGAAUGUGCAUGUUGAUCUAUUUGGUUUCCCUAGUUGUGUUAGUUUUUUUUUUUGUGUGUGUUUAUCUGUGUUUUUUCCCCCCUCUUGUUUUUUAUUUUGAUCCCUUGUGGUCUGUUUGUUUUGAUUUCCCCCGGUGUGUUUUAGUUCUAUUUAAAUAAAUCCCUGUUGUCUCUUGGAGGUGCAGUUGGAUUGUCACCUUCCUUUCCUUGCCUGCACUAUAUGCCCCAUGUCUGUGACAUGCAUUGUUUUGUGUCUCAAAGGAUAUAUUAAAUGAUGUACACGGUUUUA